AUGAUCUCGACUACCCUCAUGACUUUCCUACUGAUUACCAAACCGGAGGUCCGGUCGGUCAAGCUGCUUGGAUCAUGGGAUAAUUUCUCCAAGCAAUAUGUGAUGGAAAGAGAUACACGCGUCGGCCCAGGACACUGGAGAGGAUGCCACACCUUUACCGAUAUCAUAGGCGAUGGACCAGAUAAGACUCAAUGGCGAACAGGAGGUCUGAAGAUGGGUGGUACUUACUGGUAUUAUUAUUUGCUCGAUAAUGAUAUAGAGUAUUACAACGAGGCAGAGCCAACGACCACAAUGUGCCCGCUUCUUCCAGGGCAGCCCAUGAAUGUGCUGAACGUCCCUAUCAUUUUACCCGACAGUCGCGCACAUGGACGCUCGGCGAGUGGCAGCUCCCAAAGAUCUGAACAUCUUCGGACGAUGAACCCCGAAGACAAGUUUAUGAACCCGCGGAAGCCGCCGCCACAGCCCCAACUUGCGCGUCUCCAGACAUCUGCACCAAUCCGUCGCGAACCGAGCCCUGCAGAGUCGUCGAGCAGAUCUCCGAUGGCCGGAAUUCACCGAAGUGCAUCUCAGCCGCACAGUGCCACCCGUAAAGGCCACAAGAAAGAUUCACGUUCUAUGUCUCCUCCGAGAGCCCGAGCCCUUCUGGCUGCUUUAAGGCAACCCGCUGAGGUGGAUAGAAAGUUCGAGCCAGCGCAACCAGUGAAUGCUUUUAAGAUUGCACCGCAGCAACCUAUUGAGAAUCGCCGUGAUAUCCCUGGAGUCAAGAUCAACGCCGGAAUCGCAAUUCCAUCCACAAGCUCUCCUGACAAACUUGGUCCGUCUACAAUUCAAAGUCGUCGUGCGAUGAAAGCAGCCGCUGGAGAAACGGCAGCGGGUCGUCUUCUCACAGUGCAGACGCGUCCGGAGCCCCGUAAAUUGAGUCCUCGCAGCGUAGCAAACGGAAACACCGCGCCAUUUGACGAAAACCGCGCGAUCAGGGACGCCCUGAAAGAUAUCGCUAACUCUGGUGACUUGCCCACACCAACUGCUGCGUUUACCAAAGAAAAGAGGCUGCCUACACUUCCAAACACGCCAUCUUCAGUCAUGGAUGAAGCAGUCCGCGCCAUUGACGAAAGAGACAAGGCGAUGGACGACGAGAUUCCACGCAGUUACUUCUCCAGCAUGACAACAACAACAGUCGACUCCACCCACUCCCAGAUCGUGCCUGAGUACAGCCGGUUCUCUGAAUGGAGUACCGACACCGAAACCGACUACAACCCGCAUGAAUCAAUAACCUCUCGCAGUCUGGCGAUGGUGCAACUAAUACGGACCCAAACACCCCCCCAUCUCACUGUCUACUCCAAACCUUCAUCUCCGAACUCGGCAUCCGGAGAACUCCCUCCCUGGAGCGUCGAUCUCCCCCAACUCACCCUCUCCCUGUCCACACCUGGCCUAGACUGUUCUGGGCUGGGCAUCGAGAAUAUGGAUGAAGUGGAAAGCAACCCAAAGCGUCAUGCCGCCCUAUUUAGCGCCCUUGAAUCCAUGGAGGCCCUUGCAAUGUCGCGUAGCCCCAAUGGAUCCCCGAUCAUCCUCCCCCAAGUCUCCAGAGGCUCAGACACGGAGCAAAAUAUCUCUACCACAGAGCGGAAAGUGAGCGAGACUUCCCUGGAGCGCAUUCGCUCCCGUCGCAGCAAUGCCUCGUUCCAGGGGAAUGCUACCAUGCAGGAGUUGAUAGAUGAGCUCAGUUACCUGAAGAAUCUGAUCCAGGCUGACAUGGAUGGGGCUCCCUUUUGA